AAAUAUGUAAGUCAUCCUCAACUACAAUUUAUGGUAUUUUUUGCAGGAAAUGGUUACUGUUAGUGUUGAUGGGUCUGUGCUUGAUCGGAUUGGGAAAAUUAUGUCUUACCUCCGUCUUGGUUCGUCUGGGAAGAUUCUUAAGAAGAAGAAGAAGAAAGACAAGGAUAGUAAAGGACUACAUCGUGAUGAUGACCCAAGAAGAGAAAGAUCGGGGUCUUGGGUCGGUGUUCAAGCGGGAUGAUAUGAGGCUCCAACAACUACGGGAGAAAGAUGCUCGGGAGAAAGAUCCAAACUUCAUAUCAGAGAGUUAUUCGGAAUGCUAUCCAGGCUAUCAAGAAUAUAACCGUGAGGUUGUGGAUAGUGAUGAUGAAGAUGAUUUGUCGAAAAUGGAUAUGGGUGGUCGAGCAAAGGGGCGGCUUCACAGGUGGGACUUUGAGACAGAAGAGGAGUGGGCAACGUACAAUGAGCAGAAGGAAGCAAUGCCGAAAGCUGCGUUUCAGUUUGGUGUGAAGAUGCAAGAUAGGCGCAAGACGAGAAAGCAGAAUAAAGACCAAAAAUUACUAACGAACUCCACAAGAUUAACAAGAUACUCGCCACAAGAUUAACGAAUUAAGGACCAAAUGGGUUGAACUGGGUCGAAAGUGACCAAAAGUGUAUUUAAAUGCUUACAACCUCUUAAAUCCAUUUAUUCAAAAAACUUGGACUAAUAAUAUCUUAAUUGUAAU